AGAGAUGGUUUAAUUGAUUCCUUUAUCUGAGACCGACCCUUAGGAAUUGGAAGAAGAAAAUCAAUAGCAAUAGCAAUAGCAAUAGCAUCAGGAGUGAUAAUAAUGGAUUCGGUGUCGAACGUGGAGGAACCUGCAAGUUCGUGGGAUGAAUUAUAUAACUUCAAUUUCAUGCCUUCUGAAUUAUUUCUUAAAUUCCGUAAAGAAAUUCAAGGUGUUCGUCUUGCUCUCAAUAUGGAGAUCUAUAAUGCUCCAAUCAACGAAUGUCAAGCAAAGCUUAUAUUUAAGCCUUUGACACCUGAAUGGAAAUGGAAGUUCAUUUAUGAGCCAAUUCAGCAUGAUGUUCGUAUUCUCUCAAAAAAGAUCCCAAUUACUAAAUUUCUGAAUCUUCAGGUUGGUGUAGGACACAGUUUUAAAAUGCAUGCUACUGGUUGGAAAUGGAAGCUCACCACAUGUUUGGGUGGAGAUAAUGUAUCCCGAGUCCGAAACAAAACAUCGGUUGGUGUGUUCCCUGGCUUUGAUUUACGGUUCGGAUGGAGGGCAGAAUAUGUUCUUCCUGAGCUUACUGGGGGUCUAGGUACUGGUGAGCCAAUGUUCAAUAUGCAGUCAGGACGGCUACAUGCAUCACUUGAUAGAGUUGAGGCCAUCAUAACCCACAGCGAAAAUAAAAACUGCCAAUCCCUUGCGGAAGAAGUUUUAACACCGGUGGUAGAUAGGACACAAGAAUAAUUCUAAAUGGUUUCUGAUCCUUUUUUUUUUUCUUUCAAAUUGAUUGCUCCUUUAAUUUUUCAAGAAGGGUUUAUUUAAAUGAAAUAUACUACUGUCUAGUAUGAUGAUUUGUCUGCACUGGAGUUUAUCAAUGAGUGUAUUUUUCUGGGAAUAUAUGCAUUAUUUAUUAUAGUCUAAACGUGAUUUUCACACUGAA